AUUGUAUAUACAGUCCCUGACAAAAGUCUUGUCGCUUAUCAAUUUUGUAGAAAGAAUUGCUAAUAACCUUACUUUUAAUCAUUCAAUUGGUUUCAGAAAUGGCUCAUAUGAAAGCUAAGUGCCUCCCAAAUGAUGUUGAAUGUACAAAAAUAUAUUUGUUUCACUGAGAAAAGAUUUAUCAUUUAAUGAAGACAUAAAGGUCAAAUUUUGGCAAGACAAAAGUUUUGUCGCCUACAGAAAUUAGUAUGAAAAUUGAACAAAAAAUGUACUUCAAAUACAAAAAUAUGUUGAAUAACAUAAGUGAAUUAAGUAGUGGAGCUGUGAGAUCCAAAUUUAAUAUUUUGUAUGACUUCCAUGGGCUACGGCAAGGAAUCAUACAAUUUGUUGAAGUCAUCAGGAACAUCAAAGAAAGCAGUCUUGCAUGCCUCCCAGAGUUCAUCAACAUUCUUGGGUUUCGUCUUCCAUGCUUCCUCUUUCAUCCUACCCAACCUACCUAAUAAAUAAUAAAUAAAUAAUAAAUAAUAAAAAUGUGUUCAUAAUUUCACACAUAAGUCGCUCCUGAGUAUAAGUCGCACCACCAGCCAAACUAUGAAAAAAAAAACUGCGAUUUAUAGUCCGAAAAAUACGGUAGUUCAAGUUCAAAUACGUUUAAUCUAUUAAUACAUUUUAGUGAAAUAUAUUUUAUAAUGCAAAUUGAACUCCAUUAAAACCGCAUUAUCCAUUUAUUAUUUAAAAAAACAUUUGAACGGUAACAAGUUAUAUUUACCUAUUAAAAGUAGAGCGGAUGAUCAAAAAAGUACAACUAAAAACACCUUUAGUAGUAUUUGCAUGUUCGUGAAGCUUUCCUUUCUUUGUGUGUUUGCCCCGGUCCGGACCCCGCCUCUUACGCCCGGAAGGCGCGCCGCCAUUGGCCGAGGGCUUUUAGCGGCCGCUCCCUCUCUUUACCGACCCCUCCCCCCUUCACCCCCACCUUCCCCCGCGCUGCCCCGCGGAGGUGUUUUCAGUCGGGAGCUUUUCAGUGUGCGAGCGAGCGAGCGUCUCGCUGGAGGACAAACGCCGUCCUUCCUUCCUUCUGUCUUUUCCUCCCUUCUUCUUCUUUCUCUCCCUCCAUCCUCUCAUCCGCCCAUCUCCAUUGUGUUUCCGCCGCAUACUCGCAACGCUUUGGUUGACUGGCGCGCACAUGGAUGCUCACGCCUGGAUUUGUCCUCCUGGACCGAAGCUCCUGAAACGGAUGGAUUAAUCUUGGCGUGCAGAAGGUUUUCAAAAAUUAUUAUCAGUGACGAUUUCAGGACUAGAAGUCCUGAAGCGAUAUGGAGUUUCAGAGCGCUACCGGCACCCUCUCCGCUUCCCUUUCCCCUACCUUGGAUUAUGCUGGCCCGCUUUCCCCUUCUUCUCCUUCGGGGGUCCCCGGUCCGGCGCGGGGGUCAAGCCCGGGGCCCGGCGGGGGCGGCGGCUUCUCGGCCCAGGCAGCCUUCAACUACAACCAGCUGGAGGGACGCUUCAAACAGCUGCAAGACGAGCGUGAGGCCGUCCAGAAGAAGACCUUCACCAAAUGGGUCAACUCUCACCUCUCGCGCGUUUCCUGUCGCAUCACCGACCUCUAUGUGGACCUCAGGGAUGGACGCAUGCUCAUCAAGCUGCUGGAGGUCCUCAGCGGAGAGAGGCUGCCCAAGCCCACCAAAGGCCGCAUGAGGAUCCACUGCCUGGAGAAUGUGGACAAGGCCCUCCAGUUCCUCAAGGAGCAGCGCGUCCACCUGGAGAACAUGGGCUCACAUGACAUCGUGGACGGAAACCACCGCCUGACGCUAGGGCUCAUCUGGACCAUCAUCCUGCGUUUCCAGAUCCAAGACAUCAGCGUGGAGACGGAGGACAACAAAGAGAAGAAAUCAGCCAAAGACGCUCUGCUGCUCUGGUGUCAGAUGAAGACGGCCGGAUAUCCAAACGUGAACAUCCACAACUUCUCCACCAGCUGGCGCGACGGGAUGGCCUUCAACGCCAUCAUCCACAAACACAGGCCGGACUUGAUCGACUUCGACAAGCUGAAAAAGUCCAACGCUCACUACAACCUGCAGAACGCCUUCAACCUGGCCGAGGCGCACCUGGGCCUCACCAAGCUGCUGGACCCUGAAGACAUCAGCGUGGACCACCCCGAUGAGAAGUCCAUCAUUACCUACGUGGUCACCUACUACCACUACUUCUCCAAGAUGAAGGCUCUCAAAGUGGAAGGCAAGCGCAUCGGCAAGGUUCUCGACAACGCCAUCGAGACAGAGAAGAUGGUGGACAAGUACGAGUCGCUGGCUUCGGAUCUGCUGGAGUGGAUCGAGCAGACCAUCAUCAUCCUCAACAAUAGGAAGUUUGCCAACUCGCUGGUGGGCGUCCAGCAACAGCUGCAGGCCUUCAACACCUACAGGACGGUGGAGAAGCCACCCAAGUUCACGGAGAAGGGCAACCUGGAAGUUCUUCUCUUCACCAUCCAGAGCAAAAUGAGAGCCAACAACCAGAAGGUCUACACGCCUCGCGAGGGGAAGCUCAUCUCCGACAUCAACAAGGCGUGGGAGCGUCUAGAGAAGGCGGAACACGAGCGUGAGUUGGCAUUGCGGACGGAGCUGAUCCGCCAAGAGAAGCUGGAACAGCUGGCCCGCCGCUUUGACCGCAAGGCUGCCAUGAGGGAGACCUGGCUCAGCGAGAAUCAGCGCCUGGUCUCGCAGGACAACUUCGGCUUCGACCUGCAGGCGGUAGAGGCGGCCACCAAAAAGCACGAGGCCAUCGAGACCGACAUCGCCGCCUACGAGGAACGCGUUCAGGCAGUGGUCUCGGUAGCCAAAGAGCUGGAGGCGGAGAGCUACCACGACAUCAAACGCAUCACAGCCAGAAAGGACAAUGUGAUCCGCUUGUGGGAGUACCUGCUAGAGCUCCUGAAGGCGCGGCGGUUGCGGUUGGAGCAGACUCUGGGCAUGCAGAGGGUCUUCCAGGAGAUGCUCUACAUCAUGGACUGGAUGGAUGAGAUGAAGAUGCUGCUGCUGUCUCAGGAUUACGGCAAACACCUCCUUGGCGUGGAGGACCUGCUGCAGAAGCACGCCUUGGUGGAGGCCGACAUCGGGAUCCAGGCCGACCGGGUCCGAAACGUUAACGCUAACGCGCAGAAGUUCGCCGUCGAAACCGAAGGGUACAAACCGUGCGACCCUCAGAUCAUCAAGGAACGGGUGGCCCACAUGGAAUUCUGCUACCAGGAACUCAGCCAGCUGGCCACCGAGCGCCGAGCUCGCCUGGAGGAGUCGCGCCGCCUCUGGAAAUUCUUCUGGGAAAUGGCCGAAGAGGAGGGCUGGAUCCGCGAGAAGGAGCAGAUCCUGUCGUCCGAAGACUACGGCAAGGACCUGACGGGCGCCCUGCGCCUGCUGAGUCAGCACAAGGCCUUCGAGGACGAAAUGAGCGGACGAGCCGCGCGCUUGCAGCAAACCAUCAAGCAGGGAGAGCUGCUGGUGGCGGAAGACCACUUCGGUGCCGACAAGAUUCGAGAACGCAUCCGGGACAUCCAGGAUCAGUGGGCAGCACUGGAACGACUCUCUGCCGUGCGCAAGUCUCGCCUGCAGGAGGCGUGCAACCAGCACCAGUUCCAAGCGGACGCCGACGACAUGGACACGUGGAUGCUGGACGCGCUGCGCAUCGUGUCCAGCGUGGACGUGGGCCACGACGAGUUCUCCACACAGGCGCUGGUGAAGAAGCAUAAGGACGUGGCGGAGGAGAUCGCCAGCUACCGGCCCGUCAUCGACGCCCUCCACGAGCAGGCGCGCACGCUGCCGCCCGAGAAGGCCGACUCAGAAGAGGUGCGGAGUCGCCUGGCGGGCAUCGAGGAGCGCUACAAGGAGGUGGUGGAGCUGGCGCGCCUGCGCAAACAAGCGCUCCAGGACGCGCUGGCCUUGUACAAGAUGCUGAGCGAGGCUAACGCCUGCGAGCUUUGGAUCGACGAGAAAGAGCAGUGGCUCAACGGCACGGACAUUCCCGAAAAGCUGGAGGACCUCGAGGUGGUCCAGCAUCGCUUUGAGAGCUUGGAGCCCGAGAUGAACAAUCAGGCCUCGCGGGUGGCCGUCGUCAACCAGGUCGCCAGGCAACUCGUCCACAGCGGACAUCCCGGCGAGAAGGAAAUCAAAUCCCAGCAGGACAAACUCAACACCAGGUGGAGUCAGUUCAGAGAUUUGGUGGACCAGAAGAAGGAAAGCCUCAGCUCCGCCUUGGGAGUGCAGAACUACCACUUAGAGUGCAACGAGACCAAAUCCUGGAUCAAGGAGAAGACCAAGGUGAUCGAGUCUACCCAGGAGCUGGGCAACGACCUGGCGGGAGUCAUGGCGCUUCAGAGGAAGCUGACCGGCAUGGAGCGAGACCUGGCCGCCAUCGAGGACAAAUUGGGCGAUCUGGGCAAGGAGGCCGAGCGCCUCUCCUCCGAACACCCCGAACAAUCCCAGGCCAUCAAGGGACGCCUGGACGAGAUCACGUCCGUGUGGGAGGAGAUGAAGGGCACCAUGAAGAACCGCGAGGAGUCCCUAGGCGAAGCCAGUAAGCUGCAGCAGUUUCUGCGGGAGUUGGACGACUUCCAGUCUUGGCUGUCGCGCACGCAGACGGCCAUCGCCUCGGAGGAUGUGGCCAACACGCUGGCCGAGGCCGAGAAACUGCUAGGCCAGCACGAGGGCCUGAAGAAGGAGAUCCGCAAUUACGAGGAGGACUAUCAGAAGAUGCGCGACAUGGGCGAGAUGGUGACGCGCGGCCAGACAGACGCGCAGUACAUGUUCCUGCGCCAGCGGCUGCAGGCCCUCGACACGGGCUGGAACGAGUUGCACAAGAUGUGGGAGAACCGACAGAACCUCUUGUCCCAGUCGCACUCCUACCAGCUCUUCCUCAGGGACACCAAGCAGGCUGAGGCCUUCCUCAACAACCAGGAAUACGUGCUGGCCCACACAGAGAUGCCGACCACCCUGGAGGGCGCCGAGGCAGCCAUUAAAAAGCAGGAAGACUUCAUGACCACCAUGGACGCCAACGAGGAGAAGAUCAGUGGCGUGGUGGACACCGGACGGCGCCUGGUUGCCGACGGCAACAUCAACACCGAGCGCAUCCAGGACAAGGUGGACUCCAUACACCAAAGACACCAGAAGAACCGAGCGGCCGCCAGCGAUCUACUCGCGAGACUGAAGGACAACCGAGACCUGCAGAAGUUCCUGCAAGACUGCCAGGAGCUGACCCUGUGGAUCAACGAGAAGAUGCUAACAGCUCAGGACAUGACGUACGACGAGGCGCGCAACCUCCAUAGCAAGUGGCUCAAGCACCAGGCCUUCAUGGCCGAGCUGCAGUCCAACAAGGAAUGGCUGGAUAAGAUCCAGAAGGACGGCACGGCACUGAUGGCGGAGAAGCCCGAGACGGAGGCCAUGGUGCGCGAGAAGCUGGCGUCGCUGAAGUCCAUGUGGGCGGAGCUGGAGUCCAGCACGCAGACCAAAGCCAAAUGCCUGUUUGACGCCAACAAGGCGGAGCUCUUCACGCAGAGCUGCGCCGACCUGGACAAGUGGCUGGCCGGCCUGGAGGGCCAGCUGCAGUCGGACGACUACGGCAAGGACCUGACCUCAGUCAACAUCCUGCUAAAGAAGCAGCAGAUGCUGGAGAGCCAGGUGGAGGUCCGCCAGAAGGAGGUGGACGAGCUGCAGGGCCAGUCACAGGCGCUGAGUCGGGAAGGCAAAGGCUCGGAGGAGGUGGACGGCCAGCGGAAGAACGUGGAGAGCAAGUUUGGCGCUCUGCGGGCGCCGCUCAAGAGUCGCAGGGACAACCUCAUGGCCUCCAGGGAGAUCCACCAGUUCAACCGCGACGUCGAGGAUGAGAUCCUGUGGGUGGAAGAGCGUAUGCCCUCGGCCACGUCCACAGACCAUGGACACAACCUGCAGACGGUGCAGCUCCUGAUCAAGAAGAACCAGACCCUCCAGAAGGAGAUCCAGGGCCACCAGCCGCGCUACGACGAUAUCUUUGAGCGCAGCCGGCACGUCCUGCGACAGGAGCGGCCCACGGCCGAGCCCAUCCGCCGCCGGCUGGAUGAGCUGCGCUCGCUGUGGGAGCGCAUCGGGAAGGAGACGGAGAAGCGCCACGCCCGGCUGGGCGAAGCGCACCAAGCGCAGCAGUACUACUUUGACGCCGCCGAGGCCGAAGCCUGGAUGAGCGAGCAGGAACUCUACAUGAUGUCAGAGGAGAAAGCCAAGGACGAACAGAGUUCCGUGGCCAUGUUGAAGAAGCAUCAGAUCCUGGAGCAGGCGGUGGAGGACUACGCCGACACCGUGCACCAGCUGUCCGCCACCAGCCGAGGCCUGGUGGCCGCCGAACACCCCGACAGCGAGCGCGUGGGCAUGCGUCAGUCGCAGGUGGACAAGCUGUACGCCGGGCUGAAAGAUCUGUCAGAGGAGCGGCGAGGGAAACUGGACGAGCGCUUCCGCCUCUUCCAGCUCAACCGGGAAGUGGACGACUUGGAGCAAUGGAUCGCCGAGAGGGAGGUGGUGGCCGGCUCGCACGAGCUGGGGCAGGACUACGAGCAUGUGACGAUGCUGCAGGAGCGCUUCCGAGAGUUCGCCCGCGACACAGGCAACAUCGGGCAGGAGCGCGUGGACGGCGUGAACCGGCUAGCGGACGAGCUGAUCAACGCGGGGCACGGCGACGCGGCCACGGUGGCCGAGUGGAAGGACGGCCUGAACGAGGCCUGGGCCGACCUGCUGGAGCUGAUCGACACGCGCACUCAGAUCCUGGCCGCCUCCUUCGAGCUGCACAAGUUCUACCACGACGCCAAAGAGAUCCUGGCACGCGUAUUAGACAAACACAAGAAGCUGCCCGAGGAGCUGGGCCGUGACCAGAACACGGUGGAGACGCUGCAGAGGAUGCACACCACCUUCGAGCACGACAUCCAAGCUCUCGGCACGCAGGUGCGUCAGCUUCAAGAAGACGCCGUUCGUCUUCAGUCGGCGUACGCCGGGGAUAAAGCCGAUGACAUCCAGAAGCGGGAAGGAGAGGUUCUGGAGGCCUGGAAGAACCUGCUGGAGGCGGCGGAGGGCCGACGAGGGAAGCUGGCGGACACUGGGGACAAGUUCCGCUUCUUCAAUUUGGUGCGCGACCUCAUGCUGUGGAUGGACGACGUCAUCCGGCUCAUCGAGGCGCAGGAGAAGCCGCGCGACGUGUCGUCGGUGGAGCUGCUGAUGAACAACCACCAGGGCAUCAAGGCCGAGAUCGACGCGCGCAACGACAGCUUCACCGCCUGCAUCGAGCUGGGAAAGUCUCUCCUGGCCAGGAAGCACUACGCCUCCGACGAGAUCAAAGAAAAGUUGCUGCAGUUGACGGACAAGAGGAAAGAGAUGAUCGACAAGUGGGAGGACCGCUGGGAGUGGCUUCGACUGGUGCUGGAGGUGCACCAGUUUUCUCGAGACGCGGGCGUGGCCGAGGCUUGGCUGCUGGGCCAGGAGUCGUACCUGUCCAGUCGCGAGAUGGGCCAGAGCGUGGACGACGUGGAGAAACUCAUCAAGAGGCACGAGGCCUUCGAGAAGUCUGCCGCAACAUGGGAGGAACGCUUUGCUGCCCUCGAGAGGUUGACCACGAUGGAAUUACUGGAAGUGAGAAGAAAGCAAGAGGAAGAAGAGAGGAAGAAUCAGCCGUCCGCCACCGAGGCCGCCGCGCAACAAAGGGAUGGCGAGGUGCCGAAUCAGAACGGGCUGAGCAGCGAGCAGGACUCGGCCAGGGAGGACGGCGGUGAGACGGUGAACGGCGUGGCGGAGGGCAGCCCCGCGGGCUCGCCCGGGUCGGUCCGCAAAGCCAAAGUGGGGCAGGCUGCAACACUGCCCGUCAAGGGCCAGCAGGAGGCGCCGGCGGCCCCCAACUCGCAGAUGGACGGCUUCCUGCACCGCAAGCACGAGUGGGAAGGACACAACAAGAAGGCUUCUAGCAGGUCGUGGCACCACGUCUUUUGCGUGCUGAACCGCCAGGAGUUGGGCUUCUACAAGGACGCCAAGAGCGCCGCACAGGGCACGCCAUACCACGGCGAGAUCCCCGUCAGCCUGCGAGACGGCGACUGUCAGGUGGCGCUGGGAUACAAGAAGAAGAAACACGUCUUCAAGCUCAAAGUCACCGAUGGCAACGAGUAUCUCUUCCAAGCCAAAGAUGACGAGGAGAUGAACUCGUGGAUUUCGGCCAUCUCGGCAGCCAUCUCGGGCGAGAAGGGCGACGUGACGCCGAGCGGCCACAGCACGCCGGCGCCCGCCGCCCCCCGCGCCCACACCAUGCCGCCGUCGGCCUCAUCCGAAGCGACGGCGGCCGAGUCCAGCCCGGGCAAGCGCGACAAAGACAAAGAAAAACGCUUCAGUCUCUUCAGCAAGAAGAAAUGAAAGCCCGAGCACGAAGUUGUCUUUUCCCUCCUCUUUCUCUACCCACUUCCCUUCCCGUCCCGUCCCUCUGGUGCUGGUCGGCGGUCGCCCGGGGACCCCUCUUACGCAUAAAACUUCAAAUACAAAGAAGAAAUCCCAACCUUAGUCUCGUGUAACUUUUCCACUUUCCUCCCGUCCGCUCUGUGCCUAACAAUAAUCCACUCGGGCUCAGAAAAUUUGGUUGGUCCAUUUUCUAUCUUACUUUAGGCCCACUUUAAUAUUUUGUGUGAGCCCCUCCUAGUACAAAUCAAUUGAAAGUCUACCAUUGUCAGUGGCAGCUUAAGUGUUUAAAAUAUACACAAAGGAUUGGAGGAAUUUUUGAAUACAUAAAAGAAAAAUAUCGUUAAAACACCACCCGUAGGAGUUGUUAUGCUAGAUGCCACAGGAAGCUAACGUUACAGGAGUAAUAAUCUCAGAAAUAGUUUUUUUGGGGGGGGCUCCAAACAGCUAAAACACCACCAGUUGGAAUUGUUAUGCUAGCUGCCACAGGAAGCUAAUGUUAAAACAGCAUUACCCAGGAGUGAUAAUGUCAGAAAUAGUUAUUUUGGGGGCUCAAAAUUCCUAAAACACCGCCGGUAGGAAUUGUUAUGCUAGCUGCCACAGGAAGCUAACGUUAAAAUAGCAUCACACAGGAGUAAUAAUCUCAGAAAUAGUUGGGGGGUUUUUUGGGGCUCCAAACAGCUAAAACACCACCGGUAGGAAUUGUUAUGCUAGCUGCCACAGGAAGCUAAUGUUAAAAUAGCAUUACCCAGGAGUGAUAACGUCAGAAAGUUUUUUGGGGGGCUCAAAAUUACUAACACACCACCGGUAGGAAUUGUUAUGCUAGCUGCCACAGGAAGCUAACGUUAAAAGUGUAUUACACUGGAGUGAUAAUGUCUGAAAUGUUUUUUGGGGGCUCCAAAUUGCUAAAACACCACCGGUAGGAAUUGUUAUGCUAGCUACCACAGAAAGCUAACGUUAAAAUAGCAUCACGCAGGAAUGAUAAUGGCAGAAAUUGUUUUUUGGGGGGCUCACAAUUGCUAAAACACCACCGGUAGGAAUUGCUUUGCUAGUUGCCACAGGAAGCUAAUGUUGAAAUAGCAUUACACCGAAGUGAUUAUGUCAGAAAUAGGUUUUGUUGGGACUCCAAACAGCUAAAACACCACCGGUGGGAAUUGUUAUGCUAGCUGCCACAGGUAGCUAACGUUAAAAGUGCAUUACGCAGGAGUGAUAAUGUCAUAAAUGUUUUUUGGGGGGCUCCAAACAGCUAAAACACCGCCAGUAGGAAUUAUUAUGCUAGCUGCCACAGGAGGCUAACGUUGAAAUGGCAUCACACAGGAGUGAUAAUGUCAAAAAUAGUUUUUUGGGGGGCUCCAAACAGAUAAAACACCACCGGUAGGAGUUGUUAUGCUUGCUACCACAGGAAGCUAACGUUAAAAUAACAUCACGCAGGAGUAAUAAUGUCAGAAAUUGUUUUUUUUUUUGGGCUCCAAACAGCUAAAAUAGUUGUACCGAUUAGUUUUUUCGAAUAAAUACACUUUUUUUUCCGUUAAUUACUAAAUUACUGCAUACUCACUUGACUGUAAAAUCAUAGCUUAUCGUUAGCAUGGUCAGCACUGCUUUAUUCAUUGUUUGCCAUUGACGGCAAUAGAAGUCCAAUCCAUUUGAAGUGGGAGUGUGGCAGCGAAUGAACGUUCGUUCAUUGGACUUCUACUCGUGAUAAACUUGUUUAAAGGAUGAAUACAAUCAUCAUCAAUGGCACUCAUUAACCCCACUUAAAUCUGGUUUCAAUCCAGAUUGAAUCAACGUCAAAACCAAAAAUUUGUUCCAGUUAAUGUAUGCGACACGUUUUUUCCCCAGAUUUACUCCAUAUUUAAACCUUGUUUCACGCAAUUUUAUUCUCGCAUGGACAAUUAUUUAAUCCAGGUUGGGUCCAAAUUGAAUCCAGGCUCAAUCCUGGUCUUUACCGGGUCGAAGCUAGGUUUGUUCGCGCUCGCUCAAGCGGAUGUACAAGUUGUGUAUAAGUACAAAAGAAUCCUCUGAAAUAUGUAUUCUCAAUGCUACUAAUCUGCGUGCUGGACUACGGGCCAGGUUUAAUCCUCGUUUAGUCCAAAUAGAAUCCGGGUGUUAAUCCGGUUUAGUCCAGAUGUAAUCAUUAUUUAGUCCGGGUUUGAUGUGAAUUCCUGAAUGUGUACAAGUUGUGUAUAAGACAAACUAAUGUGGCGUCUUGUCGCUUCUACUAAACUGCUCGCUGGACUGAAACUUUUGUCAAUGAAGGAAGAAUGAAAAGGAAGGAAUGCGGAUCGCGCGCCGGCCUUCCCGAACUACUACUUCUUCUCGUCGCCUUUAAAAACACUAGAGUCGCUCGCUUGGCGCUUUUUGAUGGUGGCUUGCUUUUUCUUUGGCUUUUUCUCUCUUCCAAUUUUGUUCUUACUCUGCCUGGAAACAAGGCAGCCAAUGAGAGGCAGCCUGGCUUUGGACGCUGACUUUCCACAUCUCACCGACACUUUUUUUCGGGGUUUGGUGUGUGUGUGGGGGGGGGGGGGUUCUUUUCAGCGCGUAUGUGCGCCGCGGUCACCGUAACUGUAGUAAUCGUUAGUUCAUCCCACACAAUCAAUAACGCCGCCACGGGUUUGGGGGGGUCACUGCUAGUCGGACGUGCACCUGUAGACUUGCCCCUCCCCCUUCUCGCCCUCUCUCUCUCUCUCUGUUACAUAAAUGCAAAAAGCCAUUAAAAUGCUUUUAAAACAUA